AUGAAGGAUCUCUGUCAAUGCUGCGUGAGUAAAGAGGACGGGGUUCACAAUGAGUUCGGCAACCAGGAGGGGAACUCCACUUUAAAACGAGAGGAACCAGAACCUCUGCUGAUAAAACAGGAACCAGAUGCUCUACAGAUAAAACGGGAGCAAGAAGAACCAGAACAUCAACUGUUCAAAGAGGAAGAGAAGCAACUCUGCAUCUAUCUCUGUCAAUGCCGCGUGUGUAAAGAGGACGGGGUUCACAAUGAGUUCAGCAACCAGGAGGGGAACUCCACUUUAAAACGAGAGGAACCAGAACCUCUGCAGAUAAAACAGGAACCAGAGGCUCUACAGAUAAAACGGGAGCAAGAAGAACCAGAACAUCAACUGUUCAAAGAGGAAGAGAAGCAACUCUGCAUCUGUCAGGAUGAAGAGCAGCUUGUGCUGAAACAGGAGACUGAUGACAUUUUGGUGAAUCCUUCUAAUGUGCAAAUAAUCCACAAUGAAAUAGAACAACAGAGGAACCAACUCAUCUCUCAUGACUCUGCUGAGGAUGAGAACCAGGAUCAGGAGAAAAGCAAAYCUGAAGACCCAAGAAACAGAGAUGAGAAGCAGAAACGAAAUGAAAUAUGUCAGAAAACCAAACARCARAAAGGUAAAACUGAGAGUUCAAAACAAAAAACACACAAGAAAGCUCAUCCAGAGCAAAAAUUAUAUUCUUGUAAAAUUUGUGAUAAAUCCUUUAAUCAGGCACGUUUGACAACACACAUGAGAACUCACAUGGGCAAAAAGCCCUUCACAUGUUCAACUUGUGGAAAAAGUUAUGACCACAAGACUGCAUUAAUUUAUCAUAUGAAAGUUCACUCAGSUGAGAAACCUUUCUCUUGUGUGACCUGUGGAAAAGGUAUGACAACCAAAUCUAAUUUAGUUCGUCACAUGAGGAUUCACACAGAUGAGAAUCUUUUCUCAUGUACAAGCUGUGAAAAAAGGUAUAGCAGUAAAUUUUGUUUAACUCGUCACAUGAGUAGUCACACAGGUCAGAAGCCUUUCUCAUGUGAGUCUUGUGGAAAAGGCUUUCGAUCCAAUUCUGAUUUACUUCUUCAUAUGAAGAUUCACACAGGUGAGAAACCUUUCUCUUGUGUGACCUGUGGAAAAAAUUUCACAACCAAAUCUAAUUUASUUGUUCACAUGAGGACUCACACAGGUCAGAAGCCUUUCUCAUGUGAGACUUGUGGCAAAAGAUUCACAACCACAUCUAAUUUAGUUGUUCACAUGAGGACUCACACAGGUCAGAAGCCUUUCUCAUGUGAGACUUGUAGCAAAAGUUUCCGCUCUCAAAUCAGUUUAACUCUUCACAUGAGGACUCAUACAAGUGAGUGGCCUUUCUCUUGUGGGAUCUGUGGAAAAGGUUUCCAUGAAAAAAGGUUUUUAAAUGAUCACAAGAGUACUCAUACAGCGGAAAGGCCUUUCUCUUGUGGAACUUGUGGAAAAUGUUUCCAUCAAAAAGCCAUUUUAACGUCUCACAUGAGAACUCAUACAGAUGAGAAGCCAUUUUCUUGUGAGACUUGCGGAAAAAAGUUCAGCCAAAAAUGGCAUUUAGCUUCCCACAUGUGGACUCAUACAAGUGAAAAGUCAUUUUCUUGUGAGACUUGCGGAAAACGGUUCAGCCAAAAAAGACAUUUAACUUCCCACAUGUGGACUCAUAGAAGUGAGAAACCAUUUUCUUGUGAGUUUUGUGGAAAAAGUUUUCAACAAAGAAGAUAUUUAAAUGAUCAUAAGGGGACUCAUACAGGUGAAAAACCUUUCUCAUGCAAGACUUGUGGAAAAAGUUUCCGUUGGCAAAGCAGUUUAACUCAUCACAUGAGGACUCAUACUGGSAAGAAGCCUUUCUUAUGUGGGACUUGUGGAAAAGGCUUCAGUUAUCGGAGCAGAUUAACUGAUCACAUGAGGACUCAUACAGGAUGAACAACAUUAUCUGACCCUCAGGCACCAAGACACUCAGUAACUUAAUGUUUGGAAGCAGAGUAAUUACAGCUGGGUAACAUUUCUACAUUAUAGCAACUUGGAGAAGAAAAGCAUAUAAAAUAGGAUGUUUAUCUAAAACAAACUUUCACUGUAUUUUGUCAGUUUUUCAUUUAAAAUAUUAAGUGAGAUAUUAAAAGCUUACAAAGUUAUGCAUGCAUUUUUUAUGUUUUUUUUUGUCUAGUGAGAUAUUAACUCAUGAAGUAACAAUGGAUUUGAAUGUUUUCAGAUUUAGAUUUGUAAAGCUGUUAUUUUAUCUUUGUACUUUGUUUUCCAUCAUUAAUUUUGGUCAGAGGAUGCAUGUUAGCUGUUACUAUAUGAACUUGGGUAGGUAUAUUUAGAUUCAAGGUUUUAUUCUAAAAUUGAAUCUAAAUAAAGACACGUAUGAAGUCUGA